AUGGUUUGUGUUGGCCUUGUUUCUUCCAGUCUCUACCCUAACGAACAUCCAUCAGGACACACCUACAAUGUCUACCCCCAACCAAACAACCCUGCGAUUGAUCUGUACAUGCAUAUGUGGAAUUGGAAAGAGUUCUACGAAACUCACCUUCUUGGAAAGAAGCUCAAGCCCGACGACUACAUAUUUCCGUCACUAGGCGUGAACGGACUGGUGGCACACCCCCACAUUCCCGUCUCAUCUGAUAUUGUCCAGAAAAGAAUCAAUGAGUGGGCUGCAGCAGCGGGGAUUACAGGAGCUGGUCACUUUACCCAGUACUUUACAGUGCCCCACCUAUUCCUGCAGGAAUCUAGUCAUUCCAGUGGAAUUCCUGUGGAAUCCUGUGUAUUCCUGUGGAAUUCCUGUGUAUUCCUGUGGAAUUCCUGUGUAUUCCUGUGGAAUUCCUGUGUAUUCCUGUGGAAUUCCUGUGUAUUCAUGUGUAUUCCAGGGGAAUUCCACAGGAAUGAGACAGGAUAUGAGAAGAAUAAGGUAUAA